CAGAUUUUGCACUUUUCAGUUUGCAGUAAUGAAUUCAUCCCAAAAAGCUUCGAUUUGAACGCUUUUUCAUAAAAUGUCCUUUUACAGUAAAAUCUGUCUAACUUGCCAAAAAAAAAAACACAAGCUCAUCAUUAUUUAGAACGUAAUUUUCCCUUCGGGGGAACCUUCACUAGUAUGAAAAACGCUUGACUAGUCUUGCAGUUAGCAGAUUAUGCGCAUCAUUUAUAAAUGCAUGCUUAUUCAUCUCAAACCCAAACUUGCCCAAACAUGCUUGAGUUGCUACAGGCAUGUUGGGUAUGCCUCUCAGGCGUUGAUCUAUUGUUACGUUUUAGUCACGAAUUUAUGUUUCGAACUUGUCCGUAUCAUCUUUAAGAAAAGUCAACAAGGAUGUUUUCGACGGUUCUAGCGAAACUUGUCUUUUUCGCGACGUAUAUGCCCCAAAUCAAAUCAACCAUCGUUUCCACAAAGUAUGGCGACGUCGAGGGUGUUGUAAGUUUUUACCCAAAUGCCUCUGGACCGUUUAAGUCUGUCAGCAUGUUUCUUGGAGUUCCGUUCGCUGCACCACCGACUGGAAACCUCAAAUUCAAACCGCCACAGCCCCCACAACAAUGGAAACCAAACGUGCGUCAAGCUAAACAAUACGGCAAUAUUUGCUGGCAAGAUAACAGCCACGAGGUCUUCAUACGAUUGUUUACUCAGGAUUUUAUCUACAGCGAAGAUUGCUUGUUCCUCGAUAUAUACAGCCCCAAUGUAAAUUUGAGUCUUCCCGUGAUGAUGUACAUUCAUGGAGGAGGUUACGAGAGUGGCACUGCGCUGAUAUUUCAAAGCGACAUGUUGGCUCUUCAUGGGGUGGUUGUAGUCGUGAUUCAAUACCGUCUCGGUCCAUUUGGCUUCUUGACCACCGGAGACUCCGCUGCUUCCGGAAAUUAUGGAAUGUUGGAUCAGGUCGCAGCUCUAAAAUGGGUCAAAGAGAACAUUGGGAACUUUGGCGGGGAUCCUAGCAAGGUGACUAUCUUUGGAAAAAGCGCCGGAGGAACAAGUGUCAGCCUUCAUCUACUUUCACCUCUGUCAAGAAAUCUUUUUCAUCAAGCCAUUGCAGAGAGCGGGGUAGAUUUGAGCCCGUUUGCAACUCAACCUACUUCAAUCGGUGUGCAUUUUGCCAAGGAGCUUGCCCAAAAGCUGGACUGCACAACAAGCGACCACACCUUAAUGGUUGACUGCAUACGCGGUAAAGAAGGUUCCGAAAUACAGAAAGCCGCUGAAUUAAUGAACAAUACCCACCAUCAGUAUGUCCUUUGGGCUCCCAUCGCGGACAAAAAUUUUCUUGAUGACUCUCCCCAGCACAUGCGCAGGAGAGGGGAGUUCAAGAAAGUGCCGCUGAUGAUAAGUUUCACCAGCAACGAGGGUUCAACUUUUCUUGAACCCGUAGCGAAAUCCUCUUUCGGACUGAGAGAGAGUGUGGACAAUGGUGUUAGCCCGUCAUACUUCAAGAAAUUUGUAACAGAGCUCGCAGAUGCGCAAAGUAGCAGUUUCAUUUUUUCCCUCUCUAGAAACGAAACCGCUGUCCUCAUCGCAGACGCCCUGGAAUUCAUGUACACCCCAUGGCCUGACAACAAUGACAAAUACGCAAUGAGAAGCCAGCUUAUUGACCUUAUUGGGGAUUACAUAUUCUUUGCACCGAGUCAUGAGGUGGCCGAUAUUCACAGCAAAUACGCGCCAGUUUACAUGUACGAGUUCGCUCACCGUUCAAAGACAGCGAGUGCCACUCCGGAGUGGAUGGGUGUGGCCCAUGACGAAAACGUGCCUUUUGACUUUGGCGCACCUCUGACGUUACCGUUCUAUAAUGACGUUGACAAAUACAUCAGUUUGACAAUCAUGGCACUGUAUACCAACUUUGCUAAGUAUGGCGAUCCAACACCGCUGCCGGUAAGCGGUGUUACUUGGGAGAAGUACAACUCAAAUCACAGAGCUUACCUUCGAGUUGACAGCAAAUCCAAGAUGGCUUUUUCAUUCGCUCCUCGCCGAAUGGCUUUUUGGAACAAUUAUCAUCCUAAACUUACUCAAGUAACCUUUGGUACAACAACCACCAGUGCUGGUGCGAAAGAUACCGGGGAAAUAUUUAUUAAUGUUUUGCUAGCUAUUGCUUUGACAAUUUCGACGACGAUGGAAUUCUUCACAAUCUGCUACAUAGUGGCCUCUUUAAUGACCACAGGACGUUUCUUGGCUUCUGCUGAAGAUGAUUUGAUUACAGUGAAAACACAAUAUGGAUCGAUUAAGGGAAAUGUUCGUCGUUUUGAUGACCUCAACAUGCCCAUCCGAGCUGUGGAUAAAUUUCUUGGGAUUCCGUUUGCAGCGCCGCCUUUGGGUGAGUUACGUUUUAAGCCUCCGCAGCCCCCUCAGGCCUGGAACCCAGCUAUUUACGAUGCCUCGUAUUUUAGGAACAUCUGUAUUCAAGAUCCUGAGUACAAUGAGUUCUUCUGGCCAAAUUUUUCCAUUCCACAAAGCGAAGAUUGCUUAUACCUUAAUGUGUACUCGCCACAUCGGGACUCGAGCUCCAUAGAACUCUAUCCAGUAAUGGUUUACAUUCACGGUGGGGGCUAUGAAGCCGGAACCCCCGCCGUAAGUCCGGGAGAUGUGAUCCCCCUGUGGGGUGUCGUUCUGGUGACCAUACAAUACCGUUUGGGCCCUUUUGGGUUCAUUUCUUCAGGUGACGAAGAGGCGCCGGGAAAUUAUGGGAUGCUGGAUCAGGUCAAAGCUCUAAAAUGGAUCCAAAACAACAUAGAGCCCUUUGGAGGUAAUUCGUCGGCGGUUACCGUAUUUGGUGAGAGCGCCGGAGGGUCCAGCGUAGGCCUCCUGCUGUUGUCCCCUCUCACGAAGAGCCUCCUUCACCACGCAAUAUCAAUCAGCGGAGUGGACCUCUCCCCUUUUGCCAUUGGUUCAAACGAGGAUGUAUGGAAACAGAGCAAGACAGCUGCCAAAAAAAUGGGUUGUAACGUAGAGAAGAGCGGUGACAUGAUCAAAUGUCUACGUUCGAUUGACGCUGCAAAGUUCCCCGUUAAGGAUAUAAAUGUGUGGAGGCCCAUAGUUGAUGGAAACUUUCUACUAGACACUCCACGAAAGCUGAGAAAGGCUGGAAAGUUCCAUCAUGUCCCAUACUUGGCGGGGUUUACCAGCCAGGAAGGCUCCUACUUUUUCCCACGCCUCCUCGACAACGCAUCGCCUGAGAAUUUCCUUCAGCGAACGAAGUUGGUAUUUUACAACAUUGGCAACGAAUAUGGACAGAUGUUGGACGGAGACCUUCCAAAAAGUCUUCUUGAUACCUUAAUGUUGUUGUAUACACCGUGGCCUGAUCAAAAUGAUCACAUCAAGGUGAAAAUUGCAUUAGCAGAGGAAGUCGGAGACUUCACCAUGAGUGCCCCAACCCACGCAGAUCUGGUUAUUCACAGUAAAAACGCCCCUGUGUUCAUGUACGAAUUUGCCCAUAGCUCUACGCUUAGCCUGAGGCCCUCAUGGAAAGGACCUGCACACAAGGAUGACACCCCGUACCAGUUCGGCUUUCCUUUAAUGAAUCUGACCGUUUUACAACAGUAUAACGAGGCGGACCGAAACCUAAGCUACCUGUUAAUCACGCUUUUAACAAACUUUGCCAAAUAUGGUAACCCGACUCCCCAACCAGUCAGCAGUGUAUCGUGGGAAGGAUUUAACUCGAGUCACAUGGUGUAUUUUCGUAUCCAAUCACAGCCUGAGAUGGCAGUCAACUACAAACCAACCAAAAUGGCGUUUUGGAAUGAGUUCUAUGAGAGGAUGUUGUUAGAGGAACCUCAUACAUGCCAGGCUUUAUCUGGUGCUCUUAAUAGGUGCUUCCUUGUCCGUAGCUUGACCGUGUUUUCUUGUUUCUUCUUGUCUUACAUGAUUUUUACUUAAUAGGGAAAAUAUUUCGAUUUAUCAGGGAACAAAUUUAUCUGCAAUUAGGGGAAAAUGUAGCACCCAGGUUGUAAAUGUCUGAGAAAGAUUCUCUGUUCCGAAAAACAAAAAGCAAUGGUGCUGUAGCGAGCUGGUGCUCAAGGUUUUUCGCUGACGUCGACUUGCCUAAAUGUUCACAUUAGAUAGCUAGUGUUAUAGAAAAGUAGAUGCGAAGUAGGAAUGCAUUCAUUAGAGCACAACGAUUAGGAAGAAAAAAGUCUAACAUGAAAGAUAAAUGGAGUUCUGUUAUCCCACACUUCUUUAGGGCUUGGAAUUACGUAGUUAGAGAACUUGAUGAAAGUUUCGCCCCAUUGUAAGUUCGCCCCUCUUCCAAAUAGGCGAGUUCGCCCCCUGAAGUAAAACCAGUACGUUCCUAAAUGUCUCAGCUCGUUUCCCUACGGCAGAACAGAUUUCUUUUUUUUCGAAAUCUUAAUAUAAAGAAACCGUAAGGAAACAAGUUGAAAUAUUUUGGGGCGAACCUGUAAAAUGGUGGAGGUGAACUUAUUUUACUUCAGGGGCGAAUUCUAGCCAUUAUUUUUCGCCGUCAGCGGGGCGGGGGAUGGGAGGAUUCUGGGGGGAUCACAUUGUUUUCAGGGGAACGGAGGGGUGGGGGAUCAGUCAUCGCUAAAGAGGGUUGUAAGAAUACUACAAAGCAUUAGGGGAGGUCAAAAUCCUCCAAAUCAACCCCCCUCCCUUAGGUAAGAGACAAUGAGGGGUCCCAAAUCACCAGUUACCCCUCCCCAAGGGUAUCUGGGGCUCUAAAUGACACUUUGAUCGGUAAUUGUCUUUACCUUGUAGAACCAUUAGCCAUGGGAGUUAUUUGAAGGUAGAGUGAAUCUUUUUUUUGUUUGGAAGAAAAUAAAAGUGGAUGGAGAUCUUUUUCAAAUAAAAUUCGGUAAAAA